ACAACUGAAUAGGCUGUAUGGGCAAUGAUCUUUGUAUGGGACAAAUUAAAAAAAAACAAAAGAAAUAAAAUUGUAAUAUGUCAAAAUCAGCUGUUUGUGUAAUUGAUGAUGUUAUUAAGCUCGCUGAUUAUAAUAAAUAAAGCCAUUUUCCCAAUACCUAGAUAUUAAAUUACAUGUUCCUCCUCUUUCACUACGUUCCAAGCAAAUGGAACAUAUAAAGAUACAAUAAGGGUCAAAUAGUUAAUACUUUUUUAAAACCCCAUGAAUUUCUUUAGAAAAACAUUUGAAACACAAGAAACACGCAGCUGAAACAUGGCUGCAGCAUUUCAGCAACAGAUUUUCGCUUUAGACGCCCGCUUUAAUGCGUAUAGAGCGCCAGGAAAUCCUAACUUCAAAACAUUAUACAUUCGGCGCAGGAGUCAACUCCUUAGAGAAAAUUCUAAAUUCAAGGACAUAGAAAUAAUAAAGAAGUACAUAAAUAUAAGGAGUCAACUGCUGCAGAGAAGAUAUGGCGUCCAAGACAACAUAUCCAUUAGUUCAUCAUCUUCUCGCCAAAGGUCUAACAGUAAAGCAAGUUUGGCUAUUGAAGACAGCAUAUCAAUGAAUGCUCCGAAAAAGACUGACAAUACAAUAUCUGAAAACUAUGCAUUUACCGGCGUGCAUCAUAUAUUCGAUCAGCACACAAGUCAAGUAACGAUGGUUAAGUUCGCGAACAACGACCGCUCGAAACUGUGCUGCGUCUCUGACGAUUGUACCGUCUCCGUCUGCAAUGUCACCUCCACGCCGCCCAAGGUCACUUUCAUACUGGAGGGCCACGUGGAGGCAGUAACUGGCUGCGACUGGUCGGCGUCCAACGAUCUGAUCGCCACGUGCUCGCUGGAUGGCACGCUAAUGAUCUGGGACGCCAAGAGCAGCCGCAAGUUGCGCGUGGUGCAGGACCAAUUGAGCGCGCCGCUACUGUGCUGCGCCUUUCAGCCCGCCAACAACAACAUGCUCAUUGCCGGGAACGCUAGAGGUAUGGUGAGUGUUCUCAACGUGUCAACAGGAAUAUAUCCAAGGGGCGGCACCAGCAUCGUGGGCGGCCGGGUGAUGGCGCUAGUGUGCUCGACUAGUAGCAGGAUAUUCUGGGCCGCCAAUGAUAAGGGCAUGAUAGUGAGCUACCGCAUAUCCAGCACGGGGGCGUCGUUGAGCAAGUUGCGCCGUUUCAACGUGGGCAGCGCUGUCACCAGUCUCAGCUGGAGCCCGUGGCUCGCGCGACACCCCGCCCUGCUCGUCAGCGUCGCGGACAACUCGCUCAACCUGUUCAGGAUAACAGACCGCGAAGGCGGUCUGGUGCUGAAAAAGCGCUUCGCCACGCGGCACCAAACGGAACUGGUCCGCUCGUCUUUCUGCCCGCUGAUGUCGUUCCGGCGCGGCGUGUGCGUGGUGAGCGGCUCCGAGGACUCGGGCGUGUACUUCUACGACAUCGAGGGCGACCAACAGCAUCCCGUCGUCAACAAGCUCCAAGGCCACGCGUCGACCGUGCUUGGCGUCAGUUUCAGCUACGACGAAAGCCUAUUGGCCACCAGUGACGUGUCGGGGCUCGUCAUCAUCUGGCGACGUAGCUGACCGCGAAUGCCGCCCGAGUUCGAACACUUCCUAACUGGACGCGCGAGCGCUCAUUAACAAGAUCUGGUCCAGGAGCUCAUCGUAUAUAUAUAUUUGUUUUUUCUCGAACUGUGAAAGUUGGUGCGAUGAUAAAGUAGCAUUGGAAGAGGCGUGUAGCUCGUAGGAUCGAUGGAGAUUGUUCCAAAUGACCAAAAUAGACGAGACAAGUCUUGACCGUGGAUUAUGAGUAUUUGGCGUACAUCAUAAUGAUCCCGGAAUCAUUAUGAUGUACGCUCUACCAGAUGCUCUGCCAGACCUUGGACUCUACGAUUCAAAUAAAUCACCUGGUGGCUUUCAAACGCAUAUAAUAAUUAAUCUAAGGGUAGAAAAAUAAUUAACAGACAUUUGACGUUUGACGUCUCUGUGAAUCUGUUUUCUCUCAAAUUAGCAUUCGCUCUUUUUCACUCCCAUUCAUUCUCUUUGAUGCAACACAUUUUUCUAACCUAGUCUUCAUUCAAAACACGCAAAACGAACCCUGAGUUUGUUCCUUAAGUUUUGCACCUUGAACAAGUGCAUUUGACAUAUCGAAGUGUAAUCCUAAUUAAUCAUUCGUAAAUAAACUCUUAAAUAGCACAAGGGCAUGAAAUAGAUCUCAGUAGAGUUCCAGGUGAAGUUUAAAGGUGAUAUUUUGUGUUUGUUAAGGAACUGUACCAAAGAAUAUCUUUUGUGAGCUGUGACAUGUAGGCCAUUUCUCCAUUUUCCUUUACAUCUUAUCCUGAACAGAAUGCUAAUUCUCUUUUUGGUACGUUAAAAAACAACCUCCGAGAAAAUCCAGUCCACUAGGAAAUAUGGUGUAUUUUGACUUCAGAAAAGUUCGAACAGUUUUAUCUGCAAUACCCUAAUAACACCUGCUUUGGGACACAGGUUUUGCAAUGACCAACAGCGUUUGGUCGAUAUACUUCCAGCUAUUCCAUAGAUUAUAACUAACUUACAGUGAUGGAAAUUGUGAGCUAUUUUCCCGGAUCCAUUGGCUGGCGAGGCACUAGGCGCCAAUUAACCAUCAAGUUUGAAAAUCGCCAGUACAUAGAAAAUUAUUGUUCGUGUUUUUUGUAACGCAACGCAUGCAGUUUAUAAGCAAGUUUCUCGCUUUUUCUAGAGGAAAAUUACGUGCGUGUCGGUUCGCUCCUAUAGACGAAGUCUACAGACGGAGUCUAUCAAAGCAAGGAAUACGGAGUUUUAUUUUGAUAAGUUAGUAUAAGAUAUGUCAAUAUAUAUAAUAUGAUUUUUUUCGACUAAAGAUGUAUCUCAACGAAUCUUUAUUAGCUAAAUAACUUAAUUAUCACUGGGUCGCAAGGUUGCUUUUAUGUUAGUUGCACCUAGGGGACUGUUAACCUGGAAAUUUAGGCGAUGCUGUUGAUGCUAUAAAAACUUUUAAAGAAGAAUGACUUGAGAAAAACAUUUUUUUUCAAAUGUUUUUAUAUUACAAUAAAUAGUAAAUAGUAUUACAAUAGUAGUGUGUUAUCCUUUUCCCAAUGUUACAAUUUCCUUUAAAAAGGAAGGAUGGAUUUGUGUAGUCGAACUACCAUCAAUGUCGGUCUUAAAUUAAACAUUCCUUCUUUAGUUAUAAAAAUUAAUAAAGUAAUGUUAUAUGAGUAAUUUUCUUUAUAGUUUUAAAUAAAAGUUCUCAAAUAUCUUAUCAAUUAAU